GGGCUUGGGUGCUUCUGUCAGCCUUUCCUAGCACUGUGCUGGGGAAAGCAAACAUGAGGGUAGCUGGUGGCCCUGCCAGGUGUUCCUAGAAGAGGGCCCUGGGGGAGGGGCAGGAGCCAGACAUCAGCUGACCUAGGGGUCAGAGGAGGGCUGAGACUGGGCCUUGGACAAACCCCUGGGCUGGGAAGCACAAAGAAAGGGUGGGCCCACUCAGCCUCUUAAGAAACCCCAGCUCAGACAGCCAUGCUAGAAACACAGGCUGGGCCUUAGGGAACAGGUCAGCUCCUCCUUAACCCUGACAACAACCAUCUGCUCAGUUUGGGGGUGAGUGAGUGGGGGUAUUCCCAAGUACACAGGAGCUCCCCUAGGGUACCUUCACCUUGGCUGAACCUACCAGGACACAGAGCCCCCUUGAAUACCAAAUCGCGGAAGGCUACGCCACCAAGCCUCUAACUCCUACACCUGCAGAGGCAGCCUUCAGAGCCCCACCUCUCCCCUGAGGGAGACUUUGGGGGCAAAGUGCCCUCCGCUGCACCCAGGAGACUUGCUGUUGAGACUAGCUGCCCAGCACGAGAGGGUUAAAGGAGACAGAGUGUGGGGCAGGGCCAGCUUAAGGCUGCCAGCUACCGGCAGUGGGGAAAUCCAGAGGGCAGAAGCCUGUACUGCAGACGGCCCUUGCUCACUGCCUGCCUGCAGCCAGCUCUGUACAAGGCACAAUGGCCCUGGCCCUGAGGACAGGCGGCCCAGCCCUGGUGGUGCUUCUGGCUUUCUGGGUGGCACUGGGCCCCUGUGACUUGCAGGGGACAGAUACUGGAGCAUCAUCGGUAGAUGCCGAGGGCCCCCAGUGCCCUGCCGUCUGCACCUGCAGCUAUGAUGACUACACAGAAGAGCUCAGCGUCUUCUGCGGUGUGAGGAACCUCACACAGCUGCCUGACGGGAUUCCAGUCAGCACCAGGGCCCUGUGGCUUGACGGUAACAACCUCUCUUCCAUCCCCUCUGCGGCCUUCCAAAACCUGUCUAGCCUGGACUUCCUCAACCUGCAGGGCAGCUGGCUGAGGAGCCUGGAGCCACAGGCACUGCUGGGCCUGCAGAACCUCUACCAUUUGCAUCUGGGGCGGAACCUGCUCCGGAGCCUAGCCGCUGGCUCGUUCACGCACACACCGAGCCUAGCUUCACUGAGCCUGAGCAACAACCUCCUGGGCCGGCUGGAAGAGGGGCUGUUCCAAGGCCUCAGUCACCUCUGGGACCUCAACCUGGGUUGGAACAGCCUAGUAGUAUUACCUGACACUGUGUUCCAGGGCCUGGGCAACCUCCGUGAGCUGGUGCUGGCUGGCAACAAACUGACUUACCUGCAGCCGGCACUCUUCUAUGGCUUGGGUGAGCUGCGGGAGCUGGACCUCAGCGGGAAUGCGCUGCGCAGCAUCAGGGCUAACGUCUUCAUACACUUGCCCAGGCUGCAGAAGCUGUACCUGAGCCGCAACCUCAUCACCGCCGUGGCCCCCCGUGCCUUCCUGGGUAUGAAGGCGCUGCGCUGGCUGGACCUGUCACACAACCGAGUGGCCAGCCUCCUGGAGGACACCUUCCCAGGCCUGCUGGGUCUGCAUGUUCUGCGCCUGGCACACAAUGCCAUCACUAGCCUGCGGCCGCGGACUUUCAAAGACCUACACUUCUUGGAGGAACUGCAGCUUGGGCACAACCGGGUCCGGCAGCUGGGCGAGAAAGCAUUCGAGGGCCUGGGGCAGCUGGAGGUGCUGACAUUUAAUGAGAAUCAGAUCCAGGAAGUCAAGGUGGGCGCCUUCUCUGGCCUCUUCAACGUGGCCGUCAUGAACCUUUCCGGCAACUGUCUGAGGAGCCUCCCCGAGGGGGUGUUUCAGGGUCUGGGGAAGCUCCACAGCCUGCACCUGGAGCACAGCUGCCUGGGCCGCGUGCGCCUGCACACCUUUGCUGGCCUCUCAGGGCUUCGCAGGCUCUUCCUCAGGGGCAACAGCAUCUCCAGCAUCGAAGAACAGAGCCUGGCAGGGCUCUCUCAGCUCCUGGAGCUUGAUCUCACCGCCAACCAGCUCACGCAUCUGCCCCGCCAGCUUUUCCAGGGCCUUGGCCAGCUGGAGUACCUGCUCCUUUCACACAACCAGCUGUCGGUGUUGUCUGAGGAUGUCCUGGGCCCCCUGCAGCGGACUUUCUGGCUGGACGUCUCGCACAACCGCCUGGAGGCACUGGCUGAGGGCCUUUUCUCACCACUGGGGCGGCUGCGCUACCUCAGCCUUAGGAAUAACUCUUUGCAGACCUUUCUGCCACAGCCUGGCCUGGAGCGCCUGUGGCUUGAUGCCAACCCCUGGGACUGCCGCUGUCCCCUCAAGGCGCUGCGUGACUUUGCCCUGCAGAGUCCCCGCGUUGUCCCCCGCUUUGUUGAGACUGCCUGCGAGGGCGAUGACUGCCAGCCCACACACACCUACAGCAACAUUACGUGCGCUGGCCCGGCCAAUGUCUCGGGCCUCGACCUACGGGACAUUAGUGAAACACAUUUUAUGCACUGCUGACCUUGGCUACUUACUGCCUGGUCUGGGCUGACGCCGCCUUGUAGUCAGGACAGUGUCAUUGUUACCAGAACAAGCUGGCUCUCGGAGCCAGCGGGGUUGGAGAAUUCCUGCCCAUCUCUAGGGUCCUGGCUGCUCACUUCCUGGAAGCAGGGCAGUACCAGCAGCCAUGUGGCCUAAAAAGGGUGGGCACACACCAAGCACCCAAGGGCCCAACCAGGAGGGGCAGUGCCCAAUAGCACUCCCUGCUGGCGACAAUUAAAAACAAGCACUGAGCAUAGCUGUGACCUUGAGUGUGAACUUGGGAAAGCUGACCUGGUCUCCCUGUCUUUGCCAUUGGCCCAUCUUUCCUGUCUUACCACUGCCCAGUCUACUCCUUGCUGGUGUCGGAAACACGUGACGUGCUUCAUUU